UCAUCACACUACUGAAUGGGCCAGCGCUGAGGAAAGUAACAGGUACAAUGUGACAACGACGUCUGCGCGAUCUGGACAAUAAUUUACAUUCGAGUAAAUGCAUAGCUACUGAAUUAAAGAUUUUAAAUAGGAGAGAUGUCAUUUAUACCCAUUUUACCUAACCAAAUAGAGAUGUGAGCGUGCGCACCCCUUUAGCCCCGCCCAAUUUAGAACUCCUUUCAUAGCAUUCUACCCGCUGUUCUAUAUGAUGCGGCCUGCCGUCAUUGAGAUUCGGAUGCUGUAUAUAUGAAUGGACCCUAGAAUUACAUCUAAUAGCUCAAUGUUACAGUUGUCGCAUGAUCUAUAUUUUCGUCGGCACCGAUGAUUUCAAUCGGUAUCUUACUCGCACUCCUGGCUGUUUCGGCUGAAGCGGAUUUUUUUCACUUCGACAGCAUUUCAAAUGUUUCUACCUAUUAUUUCAAUUACAUCUAUUGCAAUAUUUGGGAAGGGGACUGUCAGCCAAACCAGGAUGAUGGGACCCAACAAGUGUCUACUGGGGACAUUUGGUCAAGGUUUCCCCAGUACUACACUGGCAUGCUGACUGCUUGGUACUGCAGCCUGGGUCAGUGCUGUGAUUCAGGGGACUGUAGGAUUACAAAUAAUAUCACAGGUUUGGAGAGAAAUCUUCAAGUUAAGCUCCAUGGGCAACAUCUGGCCCAGUCUGUGGUUCUGAAAGCGAUUCAAGGCUUUGUCAAAAACCCUGAAUCCAAUAAACCUCUGACUCUCUCCUUCCACGGCUGGUCUGGGACAGGCAAGAACUUUGUGGCCCGAAUUGUAGCAGACAACCUGUACCGGGACGGUAUAAAGAGCGAAUGUGUGCAUUUGUUCAUUGCCCCAUUCCACUUUCCUCAUGCCAGAUUGGUGGACGUGUACAAGGGCCAGUUGAGAGAAGCCAUUCGAGACAUGGUUCUGCGUUGUCCACAGACUCUCUUUAUCUUUGAUGAGGCAGAGAAGCUUCAUCCAGGUCUCAUUGAUGCCAUAAAGCCCUACAUGGACCACUAUGAUAAUGUGGAUGGGGUCAGCUAUAGGAGAGCCAUAUUCCUGUUCCUAAGCAAUAUUGGUGGUGCAGCCAUCAAUGAGGUGGCACUGGAUUUCUGGCACUCGGGACAGAAUAGGGAAGACAUCGGCAUGGAGGACUUGGAGCACCUUCUGCGGGCUGAAGCGAUGGAGGCAGAAGGAGGUUUUGCCCAGAGUGAGCUCAUGUCAGGCCAUCUGAUUGACUUCUUUGUACCAUUCUUACCGCUGGAGUAUCGGCAUGUGAAACUGUGUGCUCGUGACGCAUACGCAGCUCGUGGCCUUGAACCGGAUGAGGGGACGCUGGACGAAGUGGCCAAAGCCAUGUUGUAUGUUCCUAAGGAGGAGAAGCUCUUCUCUGCACAGGGAUGCAAAUCAAUUCCUCAAAGGAUCGAUUUCUUUCUACCAUAACGGAGCAUAACUGAAAAUAAAUGAACACAGUGUAUACUUGAAUGAAGAAAAAAAGAAGCUGCAGAUAUCUGAAAUGCAAAAUAUAUGUUAUACAAUAUUGAAAAUGCAGAAGAAAUUCUAACUCUAUACCUCACUCUUGAAAGUUAGAACAGGGAGAGUGGGGGCUUGUCCAUGGCAACCCUACUCUAAUAGUUUUUUAGUAAAAUUUGUAUCUACUUCUAUUUUAUCGAUUUCUCCCAACCAGCUUUACAGUUUACAUAAAUUGGUCUGCACUAAGCAACGUAAUUUUUUUAAAAACAAACAAAGAUCGCAGUGACAGUAAUGCACUUAAAAUGGAAGUCUAUAAGGCAAGCAGGAAGCACUUCGAAUAUUUCAAAAGUAUAACGAUAACGCUUAAACUUUACAUGCGUUUGUUUGUGACUGGUCAGAUAGAAUCAAUUAGCAACUCAUGUCAUGACCAGCUAAAAAUGGGAACCCAGUUUCUUUUGCUUGUUCUUCAUCACCAGUAGGCCUAUACUGUUCCAGGAAGGGACAUGAAAGGGACUUAUGGCUGCAUCCUAAUCUGCAUACUAUUCAUCCUAAAUACUAUGCAAAAUUAGGAUUACUACAUCCCAAAUCAUAGUGCGUUGAAAAUAGUAUGCCAAAGAUGCUGGUAUACUGUUUCCAGUGGAUUUGUGAUGUAUGCAUCUGUGGGGUUUUUUUAUUUUAUUUUUAUUAAAGGGCAUGUAAAAAAUAAAUAAAAAAAUAGCUAAAAUGGUAAGCUUAAGAUUGAAGGAAUCAUUGUUUUAAUGGUAUAUAUUUUGUUGCUUGUUUUAAUGCACUAUUGUUUUCACUAAUACUGCCUGCACAAAUGUUUCUGCGGUUUGCUCAUUUAUCAAAUUAUCUUGCCUAUAUUCACUUCUCAUUGAGGCAUAAAAGAGCCAGACAGUUUUUCCUUGUAAGGUAAGCCUUUUUAUUAUCAGCUUUUGAUUUUACUCGCCAACCUUUGAUAAUGUUGCCGCUACUGAAAAUAACCAGAAUCAAGGUAUGUUUAAACUUAACAUAAAAGUUUAAAGGUCACUAUUUGGUUUUUGAAAGAACUAUUUUCAGUCACCAGCUAAAAUGAACUACAAGUAUCAUCAGGCUAUGAUGACACAGGACUUCAAGCUUUGAAACUUGAAAUUAAAUUACUAAAUAUUC